AUGGGAUUAUGCGGAUCCAAACAGAUUGCUCCUGAGUAUACCUUGGAUGUUAUAAAAUAUAAACUAUCCAGCUAUAUUCAGCAGAGUAAAACUGAAAAACUUGCCAAACUGUGGCAAGAUCAAUUAGGAACAAAUAAGCUGAAACAUUUCAAUAAUUUUCAAAUUGACGACCCAAUCAUCAACUUUCAUGGAAAUCAAUUGAAUGCAUUGGUUUACUCUAUUUACCUCUGCAGGUACGAAAUUUGCAAAUUUUUGAUUGAAAGUUGCAAAGCUAAUUUGAAGAUUGCUGAUGACGUCUUCAAAAUGGAAGGAAAAUCUAUCAUUGAACAUUGCUGCGAAACAGGGGAUUUAAAGAUGGUAAAAUAUUUUUUGCCAAUUUACUAUAAUAGGCCAAGCAGCUCAUAUCGAAAAUCUCACGUUUUUAAUAUUCCUACAGUUUCACUUACCAAAAUGAACACCUAUUUAUUUUUUUUAAUUCCAUUUUUAUUUAAUAGAUAAUAAGGUGAUAAGAAGUUAGAGGAAGUGAUUUUGUAGAGAUAACGAAAAAAGAAACCGCCAUACGAAGAGCUUGUAUAAAAGGUAACCUUGAAAUUGUAAAAUAUAUCAAGUAUUACUUUAAAGAAAAUGAUCUUGAGCCUUCCUAUGAUUUUGAUGUUCAUGCAGAAGACGAAAUGAGUGGUGAAAACUGUGCUUUACUAGUCUGUAAAGAAGGGAAUCUGGAAAUUGCCAAGUUUUUGUACCAUGAGUGCAAGGCCGAUUUUUUUAAAUUAAACACAAGAUCAGAAAACGCUAUACAGAUUGCUGUGAUUGGUGCUAAGAAAAGACCAUUCAAAAAGCAUUUAGAAGUCAUAAAGUUUCUCAUAGAAGAAAUAGGAGUUGACGUAACGUACCAAUAUGAAGAAACCCUCCUUUCUGCCUCAGAUCCACGUAUAAUAAAAUAUUUACUCCCCCCCUCCGUGAGUGAACAAAAACCAUUAGAAAAAUCGCUAUUUUUUGCCCAAAAACCCACCCUCCGUGAGUGACAAAAAUUUUUUUAAUAGAAAAUUUUUUUAUGUAAAAAAAUUUUGAUAUAUAAAUGAUAAUUAGUAUAAUGAAAUCUAGAGCUAAUUCUGUUUAAUUUUAAACGAAUUGCUUUUUAGAACAUAAAUUUUAUAAAUUAAAUUAAUAUUUGCUUUCCAAUUUUUGCGAAUUAGGAUUUUUUUUAAAUUUCGACAAAAAAUAUUUUUUUAUAAAAUUUAUAUAUAAAUUUUUUUUAAAAAAAAAAUUAACCCCCCCUCCGUGAGUGAACAAAAUUUUUUUGUUCACUCACGGAGGGGGGGAGUUAGAAGAAAAACUAAAUAGCAAAGGUAUAGUAAGUGCGAGAAAAGACGUCAUAGAGCAGACUUGCAAUUAUUUAAUUAAGCAAAGUCCGCACGACAAUGAGAUACAAGAACUUCUUGACAAGCCUGUUAAACAACUAGAGAUUCUUAAAACUUUGAAAACUGAUAUAUCAGUUAGUUCAAUAUCCAAGAAUAGCUUUGAUUCAGAGGACUUUAGUGAAGUUUCAUUAACUCACCCCUUCUGUAAGUGAACAAAAACCAUUGGAAAAAUCCCUAUUUUUUGCACCCUCUGUGAGCGAACAAAAAUUUUUUAAUAGAAAAAAUUUUUUAUGGAAAAAAAAUUGAUAUAUAAUUGAUAAUUAGUAUAAUGAAAUCUCAAGUUAAUCUGUUUAAUUUUAAAAAAAUUGCGUUUUAAAACAUAAAUUCUAUAAAUUAAAUUAAUAUUUGCUUCCCAAUUUUUGCAAAUUAGAACUUUUUAAAAUUUCGAAAAAAAAUUAACCCCCCUUCUUCAGCGAACAGAAAUUUUUUUUGUUCACACACGGAGGGGGGAGUAAGCAAUUAA